UAAAAUAAAGAAUAAAAUAAAUAAAUAAAUAAAAUAAAAAACACUUCAAUAAGACAGGUGAAGUAAAAAUGCAAAUCAUUAAAUCAGUAUGAAAAUAAUUAUAUCAGUAACAGGAACAACUAAAGCAAACAGUCAUAAAGAUAAUAAUCAAAGCAGUGUUUACAAUGUGUAUUUUUAAAUAAGAAAGUUGUGCAGUAUGUACACUAAUAUACAGAAAUAUUGGUCGAGGAAAUGUGUAAAGGUUCAUCGUUUGCACAACAUAGAGUCCACUCACAACAAUAAAAACAGUUUGCACACUGCAAUUAUCUAAAUAAAGGACGUUGGUGCACGCAGGGCUCCACUCGUUGAGGAAAUGGCAGUUUCCGACUGUCUCUCUUUGAAGGCUACAGCUCCAUUAUUGCUUCAUCCAUUCCAAAGCGGAUAAAUGUUUUCGCUGCCGAUGUGUAUUGAGCAUGCAGAUUCCAUUAAAGACCCUUUAAAGAGACCUGCGGCCGCUCCACCGCCCCAGGUGUGAUCCCUUCGCACCUCCGGCGGCCUGCAGACGUCUGAAGUUGCUGCACGGCCGCUGCAGUGCCAGCCGGCGCUGAUGGUCGGCCCAUUCACACGUACCGGCAGCACCACACCUUUGAUCGCUUGGAGGAUUUAACCCCGGCGAGCGUGCAGGUCUCAAACUCAGUCAGUCGCUGCAGGUGAGGACGACAAGGAUCAUGUCUUCAGUUCAUGGGAAUAUGCGCGUCGGAGAUAUGAAUCACUUCCAGAUGUAUCACGAAGGAGCUUUGCAGAUGAACGGCAUGGUGAACUCAGAUUUUGUGGCGUCGGAUGUUACAAACUACUUCAGCUCCGCAAACUCCGUGCAGAGGGCGGAUAAAUGCGUGGCAAUCCUGACCCACAGGAGGAAGAGGACCAACUUCACCCAGCAGCAAAUCGAGGUGCUGGAGAAGGUCUACUCGGACACUAAAUACCCUGACAUCUACCUCCGGGAGAGACUGGAGGCUCUGACCGGGCUGCCGGAGUCCAGAAUUCAGGUGUGGUUUCAGAACAGAAGGGCCAAGUCUCGUCGCCAGGUUGGCUCGUCGGUGUCCCUGAAGGUACCCAACCCGCCUGCAGCUGUCCCCUUCAGCCAGCUGCAGAGCAGGAUGGGCCCAGAGAAAGUUUAUGAUAACAGUCAUGCAGCAGAGGCUCACAGGAUAGGAGGUUUUGGCCUGGAGGACACAUUCAGACCCACAAUGCACCAAAAUACAGAGGAUACUCACAGAGUAUCAGGAAUCCCCACCAAACCCAGCAGCUAUGACCAAACACCGGUCUCCUGCAUCUACGACAAAGAGGGAACCAGAGUGAAGCCCGAGCAGAUGCGACAACACGAGCUGAGCGUUAACGUCCCGUGCUGCAACGUUCAUCUGUAUCCCAAGGAGAACGAGCAUCUCCCCAAGGUGGAGGCCAGCAUGACUGGCAACCAGGGUGCAAAGGUUCUGGUGGAAUAUGACAAUUUCCCACCUAACAAGACCAUCGGACCUGAGAUGAAGGUUGUGAUUCCCCCAAUCCCGACCCAGAAUAACUUCAGCAGGUCAUCACCCAAGGAUAAUGGAUGCCAAAUUCAGUAUCCACGGGUGAGGGCCGCGGGGGACGGGUUCAGUCACUUCUCCCCGAUCCACGCCGCCGAGGCACAGGACUUCACCGACUCAGACUCUGACUGGGAGAGCGAGGCCAUGGCUGGCUUCGGAGGCUUUAUGUGAUGCAUCAUCGGAGCCGGUGUAAAGAAAACCAUGUGUAUCAUAAGAGGCAGUAUACAGUUUGUAUUUAUUGUAAAAAAAAAAAAAAAUAGUAAUAAAUCUGUUGAUUGUGGGAAAAAGAAAGCUGUUAAAUGGAUUAAUCUGUAAAUA